AGCCUCAGGGCGCCGCCCCGCCCCGGUCUCCGAGGACAGGAAAAUGGCGGCCUUAGGCUCACCGGUGCGCACUUGGCGAGGCCUUCUACGGGAGCUGCGCUACUUGAACGCGGCCACGGGCCGACCCUAUCGUGACACCGCGGCCUAUCGGUACCUCGUGAAAGCUUUCCGUGCACAUCGGGUCACCAGUGAGAAAUUGUGCAGAGCCCAGCAUGAACUUCAUUUCCAAGCUGCUACCUAUCUCUGCCUCCUCCGAAGCAUCCGAGAGCACGUGGCCCUUCAUCAGGAAUUUCAUGGCAAGGGUGAGCGCUCGGUGGAGGAGUUGGCUGGCUUAGUAGGUCUCAAGUUGCCCCAGCAGCCUGGAGGGAAGGGCUGGGAGCCAUGAAAAUGGAGAGAUUCUUUGGAUCCUGCCUUCAUACAAGAAUUCGAUUAUUUCUAUCAAUGUGUAUUUAUGAUUAAAUUAUUUUUUAAAGUUUA